AUGUUCGACUCAAUUACUAAUAAUAAUAAUAAUAACAGUUCGAGUAAUAACAAUAAUAACCAGGACGCAGUCAGUCCAACUCUAGCCAACAAUCUCCGGAGAUUUCGUUUUCAAAAGAAACCUCUUGAUAAAUUAAAAAUGUCUGACGAAGAUAGCAAUUUGGCGAGUCCGGAUAUCCAAGUACGUCGUAAAGCAGUCAACCGGAUUGAAGACAGUGAUAGUGAUGCUGGAACACCUGUUAAAAAAUUCGAUGCCAAGAGUAAUGGUGAUACUAAUGACAAAGACGAAAAGCUUGCGUACCUGAUUAAUUUGUACCCUAAUCGUGACACAGAUGAUUUACAAGAAGUAUUAAUUACCGUCGACUGGGACUUAGACAAGGCUAAAUCUCGAUUGAGUACAACUAAAAAAAGAAAAAAAACUUCUAGUAAAUCAAAUAAAAAAAAACGUAGAAAAGGUCGAAAUAUGGAUGAAGAAGACGGUGAACCUGAUUCCGAUGAAAAGACCUAUAAAAGUAAAGAUUUACAAGAAGUAUUAAUUACCGUCGACUGGGACUUAGACAAGGCUAAAUCUCGAUUGAGUACAACUAAAAAAAGAAAAAAAACUUCUAGUAAAUCAAAUAAAAAAAAACGUAGAAAAGGUCGAAAUAUGGAUGAAGAAGACGGUGAACCUGAUUCCGAUGAAAAGACCUAUAAAAGUAAAGUAUUUGACAGUGAUGAUGAUUCGGAAGUAGAAGUGUCCAACGAUCUAACUGGUGACAAGAAAGCAGUAUUUGAUUUCAUGCAAACAGCCAUUUUGGCGGAGCUGCUGAUGAUGCAUCAGUGCUCGCAGAAGAAGGCUGAGGCGAUAAUAGCUGCUCGGCCAUUCGAAGACUGGCGGGACAUGGUUGAUAAGUUCCAGCACAACAAAUAUCUGGACACUGAGUUACUUAACUCAGCCCAGGUGCUCCUGGCGACUCGCAAUGUCGUCGAGGUCCUGAUGAAAAAGUGCCUAAGACUCUCCGCGAAUAUGGAGAAAGCGGUAGCAGCUGGUGCCUCGAUGAUAAAAGAACAACCGAAGGGUUUGUCUCCGGAGUUGAAAUUGACCGCUUAUCAAAUGGUCGGGAUAAACUGGCUCGCUGUCCUGCACUCACAGAACGUAAAUGGUAUUCUCGCUGAUGAAAUGGGUCUUGGGAAGACCAUUCAAGUUAUUGCUUUCCUCACGUACUUAAAGGAGGCUAAUUUGCUCAGAGAAACUGACGGACCGCAUCUGAUUAUUGUUCCUAGCUCUACAAUGAAUAAUUGGAUCAACGAAUUCGAGCGUUGGUCACCAAGCCUAAACAUCGUACAGUAUUACGGGAACCCAGACGAGCGGAAAGACAUCAGAAUGGGCUGGCGCCAAGGAGAGUUAGACGACGUGGACGUAAUCAUAACAACAUACAACCUGACCAGCAGCACGCCAGAAGAGCGUCGCCUGUUUCGGGUCCUGCCGAUCACCUAUGUCGUGGUUGACGAGGCACAUAUGCUAAAAAAUAUGAGCACAAUUAGGUACGAAAAUCUAGUGAGAAUAAACGCCCAGCAUCGUAUUCUGCUGACGGGUACCCCGCUGCAGAAUAAUCUCUUGGAGUUGAUGUCGUUGCUGAUGUUCGUCAUGCCGUCUCUAUUCGCUGGUAAACAGAACGACUUGAAAAGCUUGUUCUCGAAGAACCCGAAGAUCACAGCAGCGGCUAAAGAUCAGGCGUUCUUUGAGCGUGAGCAGGUAAAAAACGCUAAGCAGAUAAUGCGACCCUUCGUGCUGCGUCGUCUCAAAUCUCAGGUACUUAAAGACUUGCCGUUGAAAACUGAGGAGGUGAUCAAGUGCAGCCUCACUGAAAAGCAAAGGGAGAUGUACAAAGAGUUGAUGAGCGAGUUUUCGGAAGAAGCUGGCAGUGGAGUCCCUUUCAAUGGUCCUGGUAUGAUGAUGCAGCUCAGGAAGCUUGCCAAUCAUCCGCUUUUGCAUCGGAAUUUUUACGAUGAAAGCAAGCUGCGUCCAAUGGCCAAAAAACUCGCCAAGGAUUCGACUUAUAAAGAGACAAAUCCUGAUCAUGUUUUUGAUGAUCUCUACUGGAUGUCGGAUUAUGCUAUUCUUGGACUGACAAGGUUCCACAGGUGUCUUGCUGGGUACGGGUUGCCUCAAGAAAUGGUUCUUCAGUCCGCUAAGUUGGAGAAACUCGACGAGCUCUUACCUGUGAUGAAAAAAGACGGACAUAGAGUUUUGAUUUUUAGUCAAUUUACUAUGCUACUGGAUGGUCAAACGCCAGUUCCUGAAAGACAGGCUUUGAUCGAUGAAUAUACUGAAGACUCAUCAAUAUUUGUAUUUCUUUUGUCCACAAGGGCUGGUGGAUUAGGUAUUAAUUUAACUGCUGCGGAUACAGUAAUUAUUCAUGAUAUUGAUUUUAAUCCUUACAAUGAUAAACAAGCGGAAGAUCGAUCUCAUCGUUUGGGUCAAAAAAACCCCGUCCGCAUAAUAAGAUUAUUAGCUGAAAAUACUAUUGAAGAAGGAAUGUAUGAAAUUGCUCAAGAGAAAUUGCACUUAGAAGCACAAGUAACUGAAAAUGAAGAGAAUGAAAACACUGAUAGGAAAAGUGUCUUGAGACUGCUAAAAAUGACACUAGGUCAAGAUAUACACAACAAAUCGCUCUCUCUGAGUCCGACGAAGGCCUCUAACAAAUCUUGGGACGACAUUAAAGUCGAGGAGUUUUAA